CGCGCUGUUCCGUUCCGUUGUAAAUUUUCUCUCAUGACGCCAGCUUGAAUCGUCAUGACACAUGAUCGUGACAAAUGAUCGGCGGGAAGGGGUCGCAUGUUGCGUGCGGGAAAAAUUCGCGCAUUCCCGCGAGAUCGAGGUAAUCAAUUGUGAUAACAGAGUCGUGGUGAUUAUUUUCGCGCGUAGUUCCGCGGAUAUAACAUAUAACACCACCGAACAUAUAAUACCGUAAUGGCGACGCCGACCAACAGCGACUGUAACCUCGUCGACGAGUUCGAAGAAUCAUUUCAGCAAUGUUUAAGUAUAUUGACAAAAGACGAGGGAUUGGGCAACAGUGGAACCGGUGCGUCUGGUGGUUUGACAGUGGAUAAAGAUGAAGGUCGCGCGGAAAUAGAACAGGCUACCAUGAGAUUUAUAGAUUUGGCCAGGCAGAUGGAAGCUUACUUUUUACAAAAGAGAUUUCUCUUAUCUGCGCUGAAACCCGAGAUGUUAGUUAAGGAAGAAAUCAAUGAACUAAAACUGGAGUUGGCACGUAAAGAAGAACUGAUAAAAAGACAUAACGACAAGAUUGCUGUCUGGCAAAAUAUGUUGUCGGAUUUGCAGGGAUGGGCGCAGUCACCUGCUCAAGGCCCAGCGCCCAGUGGAUUACCCAAUGGAAAUCAAAGCGGACAGAAUCAGCAGGCUACAGGUGGCAGUGGUAACGCUUCAAUGCAGCAACAACAGCAAAUACUACAACAUCAGCAGCAAUUACAACAGCAAUUACAGCAGCAACAACAGCAGCAGCAGCAUCCACAAUUGCAGCAACAAUUGCAGCAGCAAAUGCAACAUCCAUUGCAAUCACAGGUGCAACAGGGUUCUGGUGGCCCGCCUACAUCAGGUCUUCAGGGGGUUGGUGUGCCAGUCAAUCAACAGGGCAUGUUCAUGACACAAGGUGGUGUAGGUGGCAGAGCUACCGGGUUCCCGGUCGGCGGUAUGGGUAGUAGCGCCUUGCAGGGGCCCCUGGCCUACUUGGAAAAGACAACGAGCAACAUAGGGAUGCCAGAGAGGCGGAGUUGACGCGGAAGGGGGAGGGGCCGGGGCCGGGGUCGUGGAAGAGGCCGAGGUAGAGGAAGAGGCGGUGGUGGCAGCGGCCUACCUCCGCCGCCACCGCUUCUCGAUCCCUCAGACCCGUCGUCCUACGCUGCUGCUGCCGCAGUCGCAGCUGCUGCGGCGGCGCCCCUUCCCUCUCCGCAACAGCAGCCUCCUCCGCCUUGCACAUAAUACGUGUGGCAUUUUUAAUUUCUUCUUCUGGAAGACAGAGACUAUGUUUAUUUCCAAGAUCAAGCACAUUUAGGUUGUUAUGAGGUUGUGUUCGAUGUCGCAUUGUUGAUUUGAAUGUACUGUAUCAAUGGUGAUGAUAGUGAUGACAAUGCUGAUAAUUAAAGUGCAGUUGAUACGUUACUGUUAUAUUGUGAAAAUAGACACAACAAUGCAUACAAAUAUCAUAUAAUUUAUGAGCUUACUAAGGUCUACAUAGUAAACGCGUUUUAACAGUGCCAGUUUUAUUGUGAUUCAACUUCGAAUUGACAUUACGACUAUAUGAACAUUCUUUCGUACUUCUUCUGAAAUUAUUCUGUACGCUAAAGACAGAUUUUGUAUUCUUUGUACUAGUCGUAGAAAUGGUAAGACGGGGGCGAGCUUAUGUGGAAAAUGUAAAAUUGCGACGUAGAGUGACAAAAGUAUGAUAAUAUGUUGCAACUGAGCGGCAAUAAAUUGUACAUAAUAACGAGAUUAUGUGAGAUGUGAGCAACAUGAUACUUUUACUCGUACGUUAAGGAUAAGGAUAAG